GUUUGUGUGAUUUUGUGCCUUGGAUAGACCACGUUUUGUUCCGUUAUGAUUAAUCACUACGAAAAAUAAUGGUUCGGCACAAUAAUCAAUUACCGGAUAAUCUUCCGCAACUCCAGAAUUUGAUCAAGCGCGAUCCAGAGUCCUACAAAGAAGAAUUCCUCCAACAACACAACCACUUUAGAUCCUUUUUGGAAGUAUUUCGUCUGCAUCCCGAAAAAUUUGACAAAGAUCUUGAUGUCGUUUCCAUGUUUUUGGCACAGGUGGCUCAUUGCUAUCCAGAUGAACUUGCCACUUUUCCUCAAGAACUUAUCGAGACUCUCGAAAAGCACAACACUGUUCUCCACAGUGAUAUGCGUAUGACAUUUUGCAAAGCUUUGAUUUUGCUUCGAAACAAAGGACUCCUGGAACCAACAGCCCUCUUGAGCUUAUUCUUCAAUCUUCUUCGAUGCCAAGACAAAGCUCUGAGGGAAUUUUUACAAAAUCACAUCAUCACCGACAUAAAAAAUGUCAAUUCCAAGCACAAAAAUGCAAAGAUUAAUACCGCUUUACAAAAUUUCAUGUUCACCAUGUUGAAAGAUUCGAAUGAUAGGGCAGCAAAGAUGUCCUUGGACAUUAUGAUUGAAUUGUACAAAAAAAAUGUCUGGAAUGAUGCAAAAACUGUUAACGUCAUAGCCACUGGCUGCUUCUCAAAAGUAACGAAAGUUAUGGUGGCGAGUUUGAAAUUUUUUAUGGGAACUGAUCCUGAAGAUAAGGAUAGUGAUGAUAGCGAUAGUGAUGAUGAGCCUAAUGUCAAGGAAAUUAUGUUGGCUAAUAAGGUCAAUAAAAAAACAAAGAAGAGAGAAAAACAAUUGAAGAAAGUCAAACAGAUGUUUGUCAAAUCCAAGAAGAAGAAAUCUAAAGCUCCCCAAUUUAAUUUCUCAGCUUUGCAUUUAAUUCACGACCCUCAAGGCUUCGCAGAAAAGUUGUUUAAGCAACUGCAGAAAAAUAACGAUCGUCAGGAGAUUAAAAUUAUGGGAAUGGACGUCAUAUCGCGACUCAUUGGAUUGCAUAAUUUAUUUCUCAUUAAUUUUUAUCCUUAUAUACAAAAGUUUCUUAAACCUCACACAACAGAUGUGACAAAAAUGCUGCAAUUUCUUGCACAAGCUUCGCACGAAUUAAUCCCUCCAGAUGUUUUGGACCCGGUUGUGAAAACUUUGGUGGACAAUUUUGUGACUGAAAGAAAUUCAAGCGAUGUUAUGGCCAUUGGGUUGAACGCAGUUCGAGAAAUUUGUGCAAGGUGUCCUUUGGCGAUGAGUGAAGAUCUUUUGAGGGAUUUGGCACAGUACAAACACUAUCGAGAACGAAGUGUGAUGAUGGCUGCUCGAUCUCUGAUUGGUUUGUUCAAAAAUGUGAUGCCUGAUAUGCUUCAUAAAAAAGACAGAGGACGGCCAACAGAAGCUACGAUGGCUUUGGAGCCAGUUCAGUAUGGGAAAAUUAAUGCCAAAGACUUUGUGCCUGGUGCUGAAAUUUUGUUGGAAAAAGAAAAGGAUAUUGAUAUCGAUAGCGCAGAAAGUGAGGACGAUGAGGAGUGGAUUGAUGUGAGCCACAGCAGCGAUGAAGGAGACUUGACUCUAGCAAGUGAAGAUGAAGAGGUUGAAGAUGAAGAAGAUGAUGAUGAGUCUGAGAGGCGAAACUCAAAGGUUCCUAAAGUGAAAAAGAGCAAGAAUGAUAAGGAAGAGGAGAGUGAGGAAGAGGAUGAGGUUUCUGAAAAAUUCAUUAAAAGAAAGAAGAAGACCUAUGCCACAAAGCUUGAGAGAAAGAAGAGGAAGAUUGAGAGGAUGAGGAAGAGUAAGGAAGACAGUAGGACGGAGUAUACUGCCGAGAAAAAGGAAAAAGCGGCUCAAGUUUCAGUGACUAGAAUUUUGACUGACAAGGAUUUCAAAAGGAUUGACGAGGCGUUGGCAGUUCAGCAAGUUGUUCAUGCGAAAAAAGGGAAGAAGAGGCCGCUGGAGGAAGAACGAGGAGAGCUGGUCAAACUUGGUGAUAUUGAAAAUAUCUUUAAGCGGAAGAGGCAUGAUUAUGAAGCUCGCCAAGAAACUGUUAGGAAAGGGCAAGAAGGAAGGGAGAAAUUCGGUUACAAGGAUGGCAGGCAGAAUCCUUUGUGCAGUAAAACAAAUCGAGAAAAGAAGAAGAAUAAGGCUUAUCAAAUGGUCAAACAUAAAUUUAAGGGAAAAGAGAAGCGAUCGUUUAAAGAUAAGCAAAUUGCGCUUCGGAAUCACUUGGUUAAAUUGAAGAAGAUGAAAUGAUUUAAUUUAUAUAUUAUUUGAUACGAAUUCAAAUACAUUAUAGAAAGAAAAUAAACUUUUAUUAGAAA